ACAUCUAGACAUCCAGACUAGACAUGUCAACUAGACAUCAUUAUAAAUAGAUGUUGCAUAGAGUAAGAGACACACAUGGCACAAGAGAUGUACGAUACACAACCGUCAAAAAUGAAGCAGGUAUCACUUUCUUUCUUCAUCGCAUUUUCGUUGGUCAACAGUUUAACAGCUUUGAAUUUGCAACGCUCGUUAACAGAGCUGCUUAAAGUUGGCAAGGAACUUGGUAUUGAUUUUUGCAAAGAUUUAGGGUAUCAAGAUACCGGAAAAAUAAACUUUUUGAAAGAAAUUAACCAGACGAAAGUUGCCCAGGGUUAUCUAUUCAAGGCAUUUGAAGCGUUAGACAGGACUAACUGCUCAAAACUAGUUCGACCACUGGCUUGUUCCUUGUUGGCUCCUCCAUUGCUAGAUAGGUUUGGCAGCAUACCUCCGUGCAGAUCGAUGUGCCUUGCCGUUGAGAAAUCGUGUGCAGCAGUUCUGAAGUUUGCUGCAAGUUUAGGAGCAUUGGCUCAAGGUGGAUGUAAAACAACUGUCGAUGGAAGGGACUUCAGAGGCACUGUGAACAAGACAGUUGGAGGCCAUACUUGCCAGCAUUGGAAUGUUCAUAAGCCCCACUCUCAUCGGCAGCUAACGGCAAAAACACAUCCAUGGGAAGGGUUGGAAGAGAACUAUUGCAGAAAUCCAGAUGGGGAGCCAGAUGGGCCGUGGUGCUACACAACAUCAAAGUCGGUCAGAUGGGACUACUGCGAUGUCCCUACUUGUUUUACGAGCCUUUGGUGCAAGAUGCUGCCGAAUCCCAGCAAGACGAGUGGCUGCCUUAACUUCAAAUUUGAUCCAAAGCUUCAUAAGUAUACGGCUGUGGUUGAAGGAACUCCGAAUGUAUCUCAGGCAAAAAGUUGGAACCUGCCAUUCAAUUGAGGAGGAAAUUGUUCAUUGGACUUUAUCUUUAUAAACAUGUUUUUACCUUCCUUCUUUUAUUAAGUAAUCACCUUAUUGAAAACUUUUUUAUCAACAUUGUGGAAGUAGCAUAGGCGCAGACUGAAAGGGUGGGGGGCUCUGGGGCUUGAGCCCAUCCUGAUGAAAAUCUGGGGGCUAAGCCCUCUCUUGGAAAUACAUAAAAUGGCUAUGGAUUUAUUAGCCUUACUUAUAAUAUUCUUGGUUUCACGCAUAAAAAUCACCUUAAGAGAUUUAAUCAAGAUCAAACAAUAGCGAACAUGAAAAAUACAUAGAAGAUCACCUUAAAACCCCCCCCAGCUAAGCCUCUUUCUACCCUCUGCCAUAGGCAGCAUUCAUUAGCCCACCCCUUGGAAAAAAUAUAAGUCUGCGCCUAUGGGACGUAGAAAUGGUAUAAUCAAGGUAUAAUUGUUUUGAUCAAGUUUGCAAAAGAAACUAUAGAAAAACUCUUCUGUUUACGAAGCCGGGACAAGUCGGUCGGGACAAGUCGGUCGGGAAGUCGGCCGGGACAAGUCGGCCGGGACAAAUAGGUCGUUCAAAAACAAAGAAUCAAUCAAUCUCGACCUUGUUCUUCUCGUGUCUCCUUUGAUUCGCAUCUUGAAGUUUUUACUUA